UUUUUUGAGGUUUUGCGCGCGUCCUCAUCAGCUGGUCCUCAGUCAUCGAGGAGGAGUCAAACUCAAAAUAUUUUUGAUCAAACAUUAACAUUAUUGGCCAAGAUGUCGGACCCUAAACUACACAAAUUUCGGAGCUUUUUAACUGAACGAUUUACUGCCGUGGCUGUGGAGAUAUUUGGAGAAAUUGAAACAAUCGUGGAGGCGUACUACGAGGAAAACAAACGCCUGCGGAAUGUACUACACAUGGUCCUCAACCCCGAAAUAAAGUUACCUAAGAUAGAUGAUUACCACAACAUUGGAGCAACCACAGAUGUCAGAGAGCUGCCCCCUGAGCUCAACACAAAGGUGGAGCUGUCUGAGCCGUUGCCUAAAAAACCUAAAGAAGAGCCAACUGAAUGUGACAUAAGUUUUGGAUCACAACAACAACAAGGGCUUGGUGAAGCUGAAAAUUUUUUUACCCCAGACUGUGUGAAAAAUGACCCAGAAGAAGAAGUAGAUGAAAGCAUGCCCAGCAUCGCUGACACAUUCCAUAUUAAAGUGGUUGAGUACAAAGCCGACUCUUCAGGCACAGUCUCAGCUGAUGAAGAUGAGUAUGGUAGCGCCUGGGACUCAGAUGCAGUCACAGAUUGCCCAAAGCCAUCCGGGAAAAAAGACAGCACAAGCCAGUUUCCAGAAGUUCACAUACAUGAGGUAUCGUCAGUAAAAAGCUCAACGAAGCCAAAGUCGUCCCUGCAGAAAACCAUGCUAGAAUUACCAAGGAGGGUGCCCUACCAAUCCUUCAUCCCUACCCAGAGUGACUGCAAGUCGUUUUUGGCAAGGCUCACUGAAGCCUUCAAGGACUUUCCAGAUGACAAGAAGCCUCUGAUAACCAAAAUGGGCCUCACAGAGAAUGUGCAGUUCGUGGACUGUGCUUUUGGGAAAGUCCCUAAAGGCAGCCCCUUGUCCUACCAGUGCCCUGCGCCAUCAGCUAAAGAUUACCAAACUUAUGAAGAUGCUCCCCCUCGUCCGCUGCUUCCCCUGCCUAAUAAGAAACUGGAGCCAAUGUCAACUUUCCUUACCCUCAGUGCCAAGGAGCAGGAACAUGUGGAUGUCAUGCAGAUCACCUGGGAGGCAGCACACAGUCUGGAGCACUCCACACGUGGACGCAAGGAGGUGGUCGAGGAGCUGCGCAACCUGCGCUUGACCAGCCGCUUCAGGGAGAUCUGCAAACUUAAACCAGGGCAGAGCAAUGCGGAGCACCUAAUAUACAAGAUACAGAAAGGAAUCCGAAGAGACAAGACGGCACACAUAGAGGAGGAAAUGAGGGCUGAUGCGCUCCGGGAAUACUGUCAGCAUUUGUGCGUGAACUGGUACCAAUGUGGUUUGGUUGUCCAUCCAAAUGCUCCGUGGCUGGGGGCGCAGCCUGACGGGUUGGUAUAUGACCCCAACGAGAGGCCCAGUUUCGGGCUGGUGCACAUGAAAUGCAUUGCGUUCCAGAGCUUUGUGGAGUGCGGGUUCCUGGUCUGCCAGGACGGAGUUGUGCAACUGAAGAGGGCCCACUCCUACUACUGGCACAUCCAAGGAGAGAUGAUGGUGACGGGCACGGAGUGGUGCGACCUGUUGGUGUUCUCCAAAGAACACUUACUCAUUCAACGCAUCUACCGCGACGCAGCUAUCAUCAAGGCCAUGAAGACGAAAUUGGAUGAUUUCUUCUUCCGUUACUAUCUGCCAAGUCUGUUGUAAACUGAUAUCACAGCUUGAGCUUUAUCAAACUGCUGUCAUAUUCUACUUUUUGUUAUUCGGGUGGUUGGUUGUGGGUUCAAUAUAAUCUUUUCUUUUAUAUCUUUCUUAUUAGUUUCAUUUAGUUCUGACAAAGUCCGUGUUUUGUUUGUGCAAUCUCUUUUUCAUGUAUGCUUUCAUCAUCCAUGGAUACAUCUUUUUUUAUUUACUUUUACUUUAAAAUGACUGUUGUGAUACGCAGAUCUUGUCAGCAAUUUAAAACUGAAGUUGAAUUUUUAUUUGCCAAGUUUUAGGGUUACAUCUACUGUAAGAAUUAUUUUUUUAUAUUUUACCAUUAUUAUCUCCUGAGAAUUUACUCUAUUGUUGGUUAUUUAGUUGACACGUCUACCUCAAUUUCCCACAUCCUAAGCUCACAUCGACUGUGUCUGACAGUUUCUGUUCACUAUGGUGCAAGACUGAGAGAAUAUACAUAUUUAACAUGCUGUAACAAGGGAAUUGGCCUCUUUUUUUGAUUACUAAAAUGCUGAUUUGCUGAUUAAUUUUUUGCAUAGUGUAUUACAUAAAUUGAGGGUUUAUUCUCACAUUAGUUGGCUGAUGUUCAAUCAAGUGUCAAAUCUCACAACAAGCGUGACAACUUCAAAUGUUGGCACAAAUGAAAAAGUUCAACUACCAAUGCGCAAUAAAUAGUAAAAGUUACUGCAGAACAUGACUUUAAGCAGAAGGUUUGAAUGUUCAAAAAUAAAAAUUCUUAUAUAAAACCUUAA